GGUUUCCUUUUCCGGUCUGGCCGCUGAGGAAACUGUAAAAGCUAUGCUAGGGAGGCGGCGCGGAGCUUGAUUCACCUUCACCUGCUCUGGGCACCCGCUGACCCCGGGUUUCCGCCCGGAGAGCAGUCAGAUAUGAACGGACGGGUGGAUUAUUUAGUCACGGAGGAAGAGAUCAACCUGACGAGAGGACCUUCGGGGCUGGGCUUCAACAUCGUCGGUGGGACAGAUCAACAGUAUGUCUCCAACGACAGUGGCAUCUACGUCAGCCGUAUCAAAGAGGAUGGGGCUGCGGCCCAGGAUGGGCGGCUCCAGGAGGGUGAUAAGAUCCUCUCGGUAAAUGGCCAAGAUCUGAAGAACCUGCUGCACCAAGAUGCUGUAGACCUUUUCCGUAAUGCGGGAUGUGCUGUGUCCCUGAGAGUACAGCACAGGUUGCUGGUUGUUGGAGGUUCUUUUGGUCUUCGUGAAUUUUCACAAAUCCGGUAUGAUGCUGUGACGAUUAAGAUUGAUCCUGAAUUGGAGAAAAAAUUGAAAGUAAAUAAAAUAACUUUAGAGUCAGAGUAUGAGAAAAUAAAGGACUCCACUUUUGAAAACUGGAAGAAUAUUCGAGGACCGAGGCCUUGGGAAGAUCCUCAACUCCUCCAAGGACGAAACCCAGAAACUCUUAAGCCUAAGACAACCUGACUGUGCUCAGUUUUUGUUUUGUUUUGUUUUGUUUUGUUUUGUUUUUUUCAAUGAAAUGUUCUCAUCUCGAUAUGUAGGAAGAAGAUUCCAGACCUGUGGAAACCUGGAUGUGAAUAAUAUGAUGGCAGAAAUUUUUGAUUAAAAAGUCAAGUAUAAGUCU